CUCCCCGGUUUGAAUCCUCCGCAGACCUCUCUCUCUCCACCCCCCAACCCUAGCUUAGCUCAGCUCAGUUAAACUCAGACACCAGAGCAGUACGGAACUAUCACACCUUUCUUUAAAAUUCAUCACCUCUACAUGAUUAGUACUGCAGCUGUACAUACAGAGAUAAUUUUGUGAAGAAGUUUAAAAACCGAUAAUCAGUAAUCACUGUACAGCAAAAACAUAGCUUUACAUCUACUCUAAGAUCUCUACAAUGAUCUGUGUAAAGAAUUGCAUUGCUCUAGUUACUGCAGUUAAAUACCUUGAAUGAUUAAUGUUGAGGCAGACCGCUACAUAAUGUACCGGUCAAUCCAAUACCUGUCUGUUUUCUGUCUUCAUAAUUAGACAAGACAAGCAGUCCAACUAGUCCAGGUUCAAGUAAACAGGAGAUAAAGCAGAAUCUGACAAUUCUAACCGGGACGAGAUAAUACUUCAAAGGAGAGUGGGACGGAUAAAAAUGAUCUCUCCUUGGAGUUUUCUCCUUCUUAUCCUUUUCCAACUUAACCCGUCCCAGGGGAAGGUUUCCCUGUAUCUAAGUUCUGACCAGACCAAAGCACUGUACGGAAUACAGACGGAUGGUCUGUACUAUGUACGGGACGGUAUGGUCAAUAAGUACGCCAUGACCUUCCAGCAUCAAACCAUUCCCGCAGAAGUUGACCACAUCGACUUUUCUUGGCGGGCACAGCCACAUACCGCCGUUCCUUACAAGAUCACUUUCAUUCACACCCCAGGACCGGCGAUGGACCCGCCGACAGUGAAUGUAUCAAUGGCGGGGUUGGUUCCAACAUACCUGGAUAAAUUUCGUCUUUUCUUCCCUUGUACUGGGAAGGUUGCAGCUGAAGUUGAUACUUUACUCCAGUUGAGCCUGGCGAUGGGUCCGGGGGAGCCUGAAAUCCUAAACUUUAAAAGACGAAAGAUCUGCAAGGAGAAAACCCUGCCAGCUGAAGAACUCAUAUCUGAUACCUCCAGCACCACUACCAGCCAAUCCGUCCUCCUCGCAAGUGUCAGCCCAACCAUGUUUGUUGCCAUGGGCGCGGCAAGCGCAAGCGUUCUUCUCAUGGCGGUGCUCAUUGCCGCGGUCUACCUCAGGCGGUUGAAGAAGCGUGGACAGCAGUUGAACAACGAGGGGAGUUUAAGAUCCUCAAUGCAUCUUCACAGUGAAGUAGAUUACAUGGAGAAACCUCUCCCGAACCCAAAUCUCUCCAAUCUCUCGAGCAGUGACAGCUAUGCUACUCUCGCCAGUUUUAGUCCGGUUCCGGUGUACAAUCCAGAGGCCCCUGGUUGGGCACGAUUCUCCUCCCCCUCUGUCACAGAGUACUCGGUGCCCCUGACCAAGUCCCCAGUGCCCCGCUCGAGCAAGACCGCCCACCCGUCCCCGGCCCCUGCCAGAUCGGGUAGACCAUCCCCCUAUGCCAGCAGUAUGGGGAGUCUUCACACUAGCCUGGUGUACGACAGUAACAAACCAAGAAUAAUGAGUCAUUUUACGCCCCUGAGAACCCGGACCCGGGUAGGGGGCUAUGAGAACUGUGAUAGGGUCCCCAGAACCACCCCUGUAUACCCAGAUUAUGAGUAUUCUACCCCUGGAGAGGCCUCCCCGUACAGUGUGAGUUCGGAACUGUACAAGCAUGUAAUGCCGCAAUACUUUCAUUUCAGCAGACCAGCCAGUAGGGGCAGUGUGCUAGUUUAGACCAGCCAACCAAUGUUCUAAAUUAGACAAUGCAGUCAUUAUAGAUUGUUAGUUUAGAAUCAAACUUAUGAAGAGAUAGAACUGUACUAGACUUAAUUACUGAUAAAUAAACCAACCGUGAUUUAA